AUAGGGUUUCACGUUUUCCUUGAUAUAUUAAGUACGAUAUAGCAUUUUGAAUUAAUUUCAUUAAAAAAUUAAAAUAUGUUUUGUCAAAAUGAAAAAAAGAGCAUAUAGUUCUAUUUAUUAAUUUUGAAUAACAUGUUCCAAUAUUUAGCCACUGUCAAUUAUUUUUUUUAAUUGUCAGUCAUUCAUAAAGUGUAUUUUUUUUUAUUUGGGUGUCACCCCAACGGGUGUCACCCGGUGCGGACAGCACCCCCCCCCCUAGUGACGCCACUGGCUCUAACCAAGAUUGGAUGUCGGAAAAAUAACGUGUUUAAACUUGUGGCCACACAGACACACAGAAGGAGUUGAGCUUUAUAAAAAUAUGACUCGUCACUCUUCACUAUAUUUCUUGUUAGUUGUUAGCCUGGCAAGAGGGAAAAGUAAUGCAUAUAAAUGAGUAUAAAUUAUUUUAAAUGAUAGGCGACACAUCAUUUAUAAGAUGUAACUACAAAUAAGUACUAUAUAUAAUAUUAAUUACAUAUUGCGCAGUUUUUUUUUAAUUACAAGAAUACAUACCUCCUUUCCUAUGGGAUCAUUUAUUGGCUACAGACUUUGAUUCUACAAAUGUUAAUUAACGCUAUCUCUAAAAAUUUUAUUAAGAAUUUUUUUUUUUUUACAAAGACAUUUUGGUUUAAAUGUCCACUAUUAGCAGCUAGAGUGUGGAUACUUCUUUAAAUUUAACUAAUGUCUUCAGAAACUAAAAAUGUCCUCUUGAGGGGUCCAGUGUGAUACUCCCAAAUCAACUGUCACCCUUAGCUGUUUUUAUUAUAAACUUUAUAUAUAUAUAUAUAUAUAUAUAUAUAUAUAUAUAUAUAUAUAUAUAUAUAUAUAUAUUGUCACGUACACUGUAUCGAUAUUUAGCCAAGGUCUGCCGGCAAGGUCAACUAUCUCGGGAAAAACCAGCCUUGUAUUAGUUUCAUUUUCGAAAUGAAUUUCAUUGGUUUCAAAAUAUUAAUUAUUAUGUAGUUGCUGCAUUUAUUGGUCAGAUCUCAACCAAGCGGCAAUGAGAUAUGAGUCACAUGGCAAUUCGCCCAAAGCUUUGUAUUUUCUUUAUAUUUUCUAGUCAGUCUUGUACGGAAUGUGUUAGUGUAAAGAUGUACUAAAGUCGUGUGUAUAGAUUUGUAGGGAUAAGAUCUAACUUGUAUGUAGUUAAGAAUAUAUAUUUUAUUCGUAUCAAGACUCAGAUAUAUUAUUGAAUAGAUCAGUUAUUCAAGUACAUUUAAGCAUUGUAACUAUUUGUGUAUAGUGUUUUCAAGUUAUUAAUUAAAGUAAUUGUUUUUGAACGAAGAGAAGUUUCUUCAUUGAAUUUAGAUCGUACUUAGAUCAUAUUUGUCAAGUUGUAACUCCUAGACCUAGAUGAUCCUCUUAUCAAUUGGCAACAUUCUGUAUGAUCGUAUCAUCAACAUAGAUCUGUCUACUUCUAUACGAUCAUCUUAUCGAAAGAUCAUUUCAAGAUCCUCGGCAAUCACGAUCGUUGAUGGUGCAAUAUAGUUCAAGUCUGAUCGUGACAGUAACACCAUCUUAGAGUGUGACAUCAACACCAUUGAUGAUCGUAACAUCUGGCACCUCCGACAAUCGAUAAAGGUCAUCACAAGGUCAUCAAAAGAUCAUCAAAAAGGUCAUCAAAAAAAAUUUUUUUUUCAAGAUCUAAGGAAACAUUUUUCGAAACCUCGUCAAUUACAACACUUCGAUUUUCUUCAACUUGAGAAUAGUUCUACUGUGUUCAAAGGUCAGUUUGGUUAUCGAUAUCUUAUCUUAUCAUAGAUAUAGAUCUACGAUAGAGUUUUCACUAUAACUCUCGAGAUCUAAUAUUAUUAUAUUGUAUAGGCAUUGGCAAUAAGACCAAUAUUAUUUAACUGGCAUGAUAUAUAAGCCCAGUAAUAUUUAGCUGGCAUAACAUAAGCCCAGUUCUGGCAUAACAUAAGCCCAGUAUUAUUCAACUGACACAGUAGAUAAGCCCAGUAUCAUUUAACUGGCAUCAUUAGUAUUAUAGAUAAGCCCAGUAGCAAUUACCUGGCACUAUAAUCUAUCAAGUAUCAUUCAACUGACAUCAUUAUUAUUAUAGAUAAGCCCAGUAGCAAUUACCUGGCACUAUAAGCUAUCAAGUAGACAUUUUUCUACUAAAUGAUAUCAAGUCAAUCGUACAGAACGACGACUUUAAUACUACAAGUUAUACUAGAUCUAUAAUAUCAAGUGAGAAAAAGUUCAUAGCCUUGUACGGCUCAGCAAUAUUUCAUUAAACUGAUACGGUUGAAUACAUCUACACUUCCUACAACGACUCCAGUAGUACUUCUACUGUAAAACAAAGUUCUACAUCAUAGCCUAAUACGCAUAACUAACAUUGUUAUAUUCAAAACAGUACUAGAUCUAUAUUUGUAUAUUCAAGUUCAUAUACUCAAGUCAAUAAAUAUUGUAACAUGGUGUGGAUAAACACAAUACCAACAUGGGCAGAACAACUCGAGAAAGCAAAAAAACUCAAUAUACCUUCACAUGAACAAGCAACAUGGGCUUCAAAGGAACUUGACUUACUCAGAGCAAAAGAAAACGAAGAAUCAGAAAAACAAAGACAAGAAUCAGAAAAACAAAGACAAGAAGCAGAAAAAAAAGACAAUAUGAAAGAGCAAAAAUGAAACUUGAAAUACAAAAAAUACUCAAGUUGGAAGAAGAAUUAAAAGGUCAUCAAUCUCAAAUAGACGCAAUUCAUCGCAACAUAGCAGAUCAUGAUGAAAGAAUGAGACUAUGGAAUAUUAUGGAAUAUUUUCACAAUGAAGACACAAAGUCACAAGUCAUAAAAGAUACAUGUUACAUGAAACAAGAAGAAAUGAAAGAAGAUAUAGAUCUAAAUAAUGUACAAGAAGUUACAAAUGAAUAUAGAACAGAUUUACAAUACAUUGAACUUGACAGAAAACGGCAAGAAGAACUAAAACGAGAAUUAUUAGAAUUGAAAAAUACUGAAUUCAAAGCUGAACAAAAGAAUGAUGCAACAUUAACAUUAUUAUACCAGGAAGCUUCAUUGGGAUGCAGUGCGGCAUAUUUUGAAGAUGGAUUUCUCAAGAAGAUUUCUUUUCACAAGUGCAAUGUAAUUGAACAAAUAUAUGUACCAAAGAAGUUCAGAAAACAAAUAAUUGAAGCGAAGCAUGAGUUUCAUUACACCAAACAUAUGAGUGUAACAAGUACUAAGAAGAGAAUUGCCAAAGAAUAUUAUUGGCCUAGCUUGACCAAAGAUGUCAAGAAAUAUGUUAACAAUUGUACAAGUUGUAAAAGAGACAAACUUAAAAAGAAGCAAAGUCAAAAGCAAUCUAAAUCAAUCAAAACAAAGAAUGAACCAGAAUACAAAGUCAGAAUUGACAACAAUGAAUCUAUGCAUCAUGACUCAAGCAAAUCUACAGGGACAUCACUGCCUACUACAUGUCCAUCCCUACCUGUUACUAUAUGUCCAUCCCUACCUGCUACAACAUGUCCAUCCCUACCUGUUACUACAUGUCCAUCCCUACCUGUUAUUACAUGUCCAUCCCUACCUGACAAUACAAGCCCAUCCCUACCAAGUACUUUCCCAUCCCUAACCACUGAUGAUGACUUCAUACAUCAAGACUUGAAUAAGAAUGCAUCUGCAUCAAAUACUAUGAUAUGCAUUGAACAUUUUUGCUACAAUCAAGACAAGUCUCAUGAACCAGAAGCAGAUACUUAUAUUCAAUCAACUUUGGCUAUACCAGACAAAAGAAAAACUAUGCAACUUGACUCUAACACUCAUACAAGUAUUCCUCAUUUGAAAGAAUGUGAGUCAACUCAAGAAGCCAUUACAACAAAGAACAUUGAAAGUCAAAGAAUAUUACAUGAACACAUGAAAUCAAGAUAUUUUGCCCAAGGAGAUCAAGUCAAUAUACUGUUACCAGAUAUGAGUAACAAGCUGUUCUACAAAUGGCAAGGUCCUUUUCACAUCACCAGAAAGAUUUCCAACCUGCUUUAUGAAAUCAAUGUCAACAAGGUUACCAGAGUAUUUCAUGUUCAUAUGUUUGAACAUUACCAUGAAACAGAUAAUGAAGACAUCAAAGCAGAAGUUGAACAUUUUACAAGCUUAGCAACUAUUCCUGAGGAAGAAGAAGAAACAUCAUCAACACCCAUUCCUGAGAUAGAUGUUUCAUUACCAGCAUCAAAUCAAAUUGACAUUCCAAAGGUCAUCACUCUGGAUGACAUAGCACUACAGAAAGUGAAGGACACUAAAGUGUUUCCAGACCAUGCAGAUUUCUUUACCAGUGUUUCUGAGACAUUUCCAGUACUGCAAUUUGAAAGAAACUCAGAAAGCAAUAACAUUGACAACACCAAGUUUCAUCCUCCGUCCACUCAAAGGGCAACUUUUCUUCAGAAAGGAACAAAUGAACUUCUUCAACAUAGCUUUAUUGACCGAUUGAACUCAGAUAUGUUCAGUCAUUGCUCUGUUGAACAUUCUAAUGUAAAGCAUUCUGCUACCAUUGUUCUACAGCGUCAAAGUUCAUCAACCAGAAAAUUGAGUUUUGGUUUCGGACAGUUCUUAUUUUCUCCAAACUCAAACGCGGUUCAAUCAGACAUUAUCUGUGAGAUCAAUAUGACAUGGAGACAACAGCUUCAUAAACUGAAAGACCUUUUCUUCAAGUUUAGAAAACGCGCACACACAUCUAUGACGGCAACUCAGAAGGGUUCCGAGCUUCACACUUACAUUUUAUAUAUGUACUUUACCAUAUUUAGUGUCACUUGAUUUACUUUCAUUCAUACUCGUCAAGGAAGAGCAAUAUCCAGUUAUAUCAAAUCAAUUAAUUAAUUUGUCUACUCAUUUUUUCCACAGGUGUUCUAUAUCAGAUGUUACAUUUAUUUAAGCACCAAGCAACCCACUGAGGAAGGUCACUCAUUCAAGAUACUUUGUUUAUUAUGUUUCAGCAUCUUUGCAUAUGACCUGCAUCAGACAUCUUAAUUUUUAAAUCAUGCGCAUUUUAUUUCAGGCAUUUUAUUUCAGGUCGAAUAUUAUUGCAUAUAUCCUAUUAUAAUAGUACAGAUACAUGACAGACAAUUGUAAUUCUUCAUUGCUUCACACAUAUUGAAAUUUGUAUUACAUUAAGUAUCAUUAUUCAGAAGAUUGUCAUGUAUUAUCAUUUUUUUAUGUCAAUUUUUCAUAUGCAAUAUAUUUUUCCAUGUACACAUUUUCACAUUAGUACAAACCAAAUGAGUUAUAAUGUCAUAAUUAUUUUUCAUAUUUCAAAAUGAUGACAUUUUACAUGAAUUAUUUUACGCAUUUCUAUUACCAUACAAAUGCUUAAGAUAGCGGGGGGUAAUAUGUCACGUACACUGUAUCGAUAUUUAGCCAAGGUCUGCCGGCAAGGUCAACUACCUCGGGAAAAACCAGCCUUGUAUUAGUUUCAUUUUCGAAAUGAAUUUCAUUGGUUUCAAAAUAUUAAUUAUUAUGUAGUUGCUGCAUUUAUUGGUCAGAUCUCAACCAAGCGGCAAUGAGAUAUGAGUCACAUGGCAAUUCGCCCAAAGCUUUGUAUUUUCUUUAUAUUUUCUAGUCAGUCUUGUACGGAAUGUGUUAGUGUAAAGAUGUACUAAAGUCGUGUGUAUAGAUUUGUAGGGAUAAGAUCUAACUUGUAUGUAGUUAAGAAUAUAUAUUUUAUUCGUAUCAAGACUCAGAUAUAUUAUUGAAUAGAUCAGUUAUUCAAGUACAUUUAAGCAUUGUAACUAUUUGUGUAUAGUGUUUUCAAGUUAUUAAUUAAAGUAAUUGUUUUUGAACGAAGAGAAGUUUCUUCAUUGAAUUUAGAUCGUACUUAGAUCAUAUUUGUCAAGUUGUAACUCCUAGACCUAGAUGAUCCUCUUAUCAAUUGGCAACAUUCUGUAUGAUCGUAUCAUCAACAUAGAUCUGUCUACUUCUAUACGAUCAUCUUAUCGAAAGAUCAUUUCAAGAUCCUCGGCAAUCACGAUCGUUGAUGGUGCAAUAUAGUUCAAGUCUGAUCGUGACAGUAACAUCAUCUUAGAGUGUGA